AUUCGUCGGACUAGCCGGACCUGCUUUCGAAUACAAAAAGAGGGAAACCUGCAUUAGAAGAGAAUUCUAGGGCUGAUCCUUGGUUCGGCGCUUCAUUCCUUACUUCAGCAUGCAAGGAGCUACAUAAGCAGCAAGGCUGGAUCGAUCCUGAACACAGCAAUCUAUUGUAUUGCUCACAAUUUGCGGAGCAAGAAUGGCGGAAGCCGUGGUUUUUUAUGUUCUUGAGAAAAUUGGGGAUGCUUUGGCGGAAGAAGGACUAAACUUGUUGAGGUCACAGUUAGGGAGAGAAACGUCAGUUUUACCUGAAAUCAAGGACAGCAUGACACAUCUUAAAAGUCAAUUUAAUAUCACGAAAGCUUUCCUCGCUGAGCAACAAAAUUAUUCGUCACAAGGUGCAGCGUAUGAUGCUUGGCUUGAUGAAGUAAAGAAUGUUGCACACAAAACUGAAGAUGUCAUUGAUGAGUUUACCUAUCUGACUGGGCAAACAUCCAGAAAAGGCAGCAAGUUAAUGGGCCUCUUCCGUCGUUCCACAAACCUUGACGAAUGGCAUGAAAUUGCCAGGCAACUUAAACAGAUUGAGGUCACUCUCCAGAAGCUGAUGAGCACAAGGGAACUUUAUGGCAUUUCAGUAGGUGAACACAAGGGAGACAACAGUCUAGGACAGGAGAGUUACCAGGAACUUUGGUCGGACUCCACAUAUUUUGAUACCGAAGAGGAUAUUUUUGGGAAUAAAGAAGAGAAGGCAAAACUUAAUCAUUUGUUGAUGCAUGGUCCAGAAACUCGAAAUAUAAUCGCCAUCUGUGGUAUGGGUGGGAUAGGGAAAACAACUCUGGCUCGUGGCAUAUACAAAAAUAAAGAAAUUGAAAAUGCCUUUAAUUGCCGUGCAUGGAUUACAAUGUCCCAGAAGUAUAAGGUUGAAGAUUUGUUGAGAGGAAUACUCAGACAGGUCAGGGAGAAGAAUGUGAACAUCCAUGAUCAGAUUGACACAAUGGACAGAGUAAAUUUGGUACAAACACUAAGAAGUUACCUGCAGGACAAAAAAUACUUGGUUAUGUUGGAUGACAUGUGGAGUCGAGAUGCUUGGGCACUAUUGAACCAUGCACUUCCUGAAAACAAUAUAGGAAGCAGAAUUGUCAUCACAACUAGAAUUGAAGGUGUUGCAUCGAUAGUAAACAAUGAUUGUCGUAUUGAGCCAAAACGCCUGCCAUGGAAAGAUGCAUGGGAUCUCUUCUGCCACAAAGCAUUUCAGAGGAUCGAUGGGAAAAGAUGUCCAGAAUUCCUGAAUCACUUGGUUGAGAAAAUUAUUCAAAAAUGUGACGGAUUACCCCUUGCUAUUGUUGUUAUUGGAAGCCUCCUGAACUACACUAACGCAGAUGAGAAGGAGUGGAAUAUGUUCUAUAGUCAGCUUAGUUGGCAUAUCGAUAAGAACCCAGAGCUGAACCAUCUGAAAAAUAUUCUCAGUCUCAGCUUUAAUUCCUUACCAGGAAAUCUAAAAAACUGCUUCAUGUAUUGUUGUUUGUUCCCUGAAGAUUAUCUUAUUAGAAGGAAACGGAUUAUUCGGCUAUGGAUAGCUGAAGGGUUUGUUGAGGAAAGGGGUGCCGGUACUACUUUGGAGGAAGUGGCUGAGGAAUACCUUCAAGAGCUUGUUCAUCGUUCACUUCUUCAAGUUGUAGAGAGGAACCAGAGUGGUAGAGCAAAAGGAUUCCAGAUGCAUGAUAUUGUAAGAGAGAUAACUAUAGCAAGGUGCAGAAGUGAGAGAUUCUCUCUUGUUGCAGAAGAUCCCCGACAGACAAAACUUGGGAUUGAAGCUCGUCGAGUUUCUGUACUGAAGGGUGCGGAAGCUGUGGAAUCUGCUGCAGGUGCAAGACAGCUCCGGUCUUUUCUUUUGUUUGAUGAGAAAGUGAACGAUGCAUGGUUUCAGAAAGCUUUUGCAAAUUUCAGAUUGCUCACGGUGUUGUCAUUGGAAGGGGCAAACAUUGAGAAGCUCCCCGAUAUCGUAACUGAUCUCUUCAAUUUGAACUAUCUUGAUCUAAAGGGCUCUAAAGUUAAAGAGAUACCCAAGUCAAUCGGUAAGCUAAGAAAGCUGCAGUUAUUGAAUAUUGAAGGUACGAAUGUAAUGGAAUUGCCAGGUGAAAUAAGGAUGCUGACCAAGCUCCGCUUGCUAAGAGCUGGUUGUGCCGUUGCUGGUGAAGGGUUUAUCGUCUUUCGAGCAGUCAGAUUACUCUCCCAAAUUUAUCAUCUAAAUGAUUUACAGGUACUGGGAGACAUAGUAGCAAGUGAAGGUUUAGUUGAUAAUCUCGGAAAGUUGACACAACUGCGUAGUUUUGGGAUAUUUGUUGAGAAAAUAAAAUAUCUGAAGAACAUAUGCACUUCCAUCAGAAGAAUGCCAAACCUUGUUAGGUUCGGUAUUGUCUCAUGCAUCGAGGAGCUUGUACUUGACCUCGACAACUUUGGUCAUGUUCCAAGUCUGGAAUGGCUGCGCUUACGCGGGAAGUUGCAUGGAGGGGUUGCACUACCUAUGCUCUUCAGUUUCACUAAAUUGACAUUCUUGAGUUUGGAGUGGUCCAGGCUGCAGGUGGAUCCUCUUCCUUCCAUCUCACACAUGUCAAACCUAGGCCAACUUUCACUUCAGAGGGCCUAUGACGGGCAACUGCUGACCUUCCGAGCAGGAUGGUUCCCCAAGCUCAAGGAAUUGCACCUGAUUCACAUGGAGCAUCUCAACUUUAUUGAAAUGGAGGCUGGCACCAUGCAAAACCUGGAUUAUGUACAGCUUAUUGAUUUGAGAAGCAUGAUCACUGUUUCACACGGGUUCCAACAUUUGACUUCUGUACAAAAGUUGGUCCUUGCGGACAUGCCAGAAGAAUUCAUUGAAAGUGCAAGAGGAGAGGACUGGGUCUACAUUCAGCACAUUCCUAGCGUAGUGAAUAUCAAGAUUGAAAAAUAGAAGCAGGAUCGCCCGACGUACAAGCUAUUAUGGAAUCACCUGAAUGUUGUGGCUGGUGGACCCACGAAAGAUCUGCCGACUUUUCACUUCAUUUGCUCGAAGUAUCUACCAUAUUUCACCAGGUGUUUCUGAAACAUGUAUCGGUCAGACACCGCUUUAGUUGAAUAAAAACGAAGGACACUUAAGCUGCUAUGCAGCCAACCAGUUAAUUCUUCAACUUCUGUUAAACUGUAAUAGGGUAGUAAGCACUGCAUCAGGUUUUUUGUCCCAUAGUUUAUACUCGAGACGAAGUAUGAACAGUGGGUUUUCCUGAUGCAAAUAACCCACUUCCAAUUUUCCCACCCUCUGCUGAAGACUUUGUUACACAUUUGUGCAAGUAUAUAUAUAAUAAGUACUUUUCCAGA